CUUCAUCGGUUCAAUAGAACAUUACAUCUCAACACGACAAAAUGUUUAAAAUUAUCGCUCUGGUUGCCUGUCUGGCCGUCAUCGUCGCUGCCAUUGAUGAUCAUCACACCGAUCCUAAAUACAAAUUCGAAUACGGUGUAAAGGACGGACACACCAAGGAUCACAAGAGCCAGUGGGAACAACGUCAUGGAGAUGCUGUGAAGGGACAAUAUACUCUGGAUGAAGCUGAUGGAACUCAUCGCGUCGUUGACUACACCUCGGAUCACAAGGCCGGAUUCCAGGCUCAUGUUCAGCGUGAGGGACAUGGCAAGCACCCACAUGGAGAGAGCUAUGCUAACAUCGAUCAAAAGCACUAG